CCAUCUACAUCCGGCGGGUCGUUUGUGUAGCAAUGUUCGUUUAUUUUGUAGUUUAAUCGCUAAAACGGGUGAAAUUGGAGGCUAUAGCUUACACUGCUUAACAGCUUGUACGGUCAAGACGCGAACGUCAAUUCGAAGGUGCGCAUUAUCGCCGGAGAGAUGAAUAAAUUGGACGUUUUGAAGUCGCUGGUGAGCCAGAGACUUUUGGCGGCCGUGGAGGAGGUUUUCUCUCUGAUAGAAGGAACCAUCAACGAUGUCGAAGCGGAGAAGCAGCGACAACUGUCGGAGAACCUCGUUAACCGCCCAGACGUCCAACUUCCCUCGGUGCCGGAGGAACAUUCGGGUCUGGACCCACAGCCUCCGCCUCACUUCAAAGAGGAGCUGAGUGAACUCUUCAUCAGCCCAGGCCCAGUGAGAGUGAAAGGAGAAGAGGUAGGUUGUCCACCUGAGCUGGACCUCGUCGCGUCAGAACCGACGCCUGAGCUUGACCUUCCUGCGGAGGCUGACUCGAGCUCUGAUGAAGAGGACUCGGACUCUGACGACUCUCUGGAGGAAGAAGCCGCCAAUCACCAAGCUGCACAUAAACUGUUGGGCUGCUCUCGCUGCAACAAGAAGUUCACACAGAGUCGGGACCUGAAGACGCACAUGGCGAGUCACACGCGAAAGAUGACCUUCCGCUGCUCGCUCUGUGGGAAGCGAUACAUGAAGAAGGCCUAUCUGAUCCAGCACAUGGCCGCGCACAAGAGCUGCGAGGUUUGCCAGGGAAGACAUGGAGUGGAGUGUCACCGGUGCCGGGGCGGAGCGGCGGCCGCUGCCAAGUCCUUCAGCUGCAGCGUCUGUGGCCGUGUUUUCCUCCAGAAAGGUUAUCUGAUCAAACACAUGGAGCGUCUGCAGUUCCACUGUCUGGUCUGCAAGAAGAACUUCUGCUACCACAACAUGCUGAAGAACCACUCCUGCCCCGGCAGACAGGAGCCAGGGAACAGCGAAACCUUCCCCUCGUCUCCACACAUGCGUUCUGACGACGAGUUAUCAGAUGACUCCGACUCUUCUUCAUCAUCAUCGGAAAGUCAAGACUUCAGUCCGCAGAAGUUGAGCUGCUCUCUUUGCCACAAGACGUUCUCCAGCAGUGCUAAUCUGAGGCGACACGCUCGAGUCCACACGCUGGGCUGAUAGGUCACAUGACCUCGCAGGAGACGGGACAGGAAACCGGUCUGGUGGAGUCCACACACCUGCAACUCGCAAUUUGUUUUCAUUUUGUUCCAAUAAUAAAAUCAA